CUACCACUUUACUUCGUGUUCUCUCUACAAACGUACAUAGAUCUCGCUCUUCUUUCCCCUACUUCCUAUAAUCGUUCUCGCGAUGAGCUUUAAUCUUCUGUUAUUCGCGGCAAUUUCGAAGUGGACCAUUUCAUAUUCUCGACAUAAUGAGCCGGCAAUUUGAAUGACUGGAAAAACGAGUUUGACGAUCGAUCGUUAAAAGUAUUCGCGCGUGUAGUGUAUCUUGUGCCAUUUUUAAAUCAAAACCAAUCGAAAUAUUAAUAAUCAGAUUUAAGUAUUAAUCUUCACUGUCAUCGUGCAAUAGUCCAAGUAUUAUCGUACCUUUCUUUUUCUCUCUCGCACACACACGGAUACAUAUACACACACAGGCGCGCUCACUCAUCAUUCGUUCAUACUACACGUACAAGAUAUAUAUAUAUAUAUAUAUAUAUAUAUAUAUAUAUAUGUAUAUAUAUGUAUAUAUAAAGAAAGACCGUUCGUCUAAUUUGUGUGGUGAAGUCCGUUAACAACCGUUCGGUGUUCCAUUAAAUAACGUUCCAUAGGCCGCUCGUGCGGCUCGGUAUGGGUAUCUGUUUCUGCUUAAAUUAGUGCACAGUGCGUGCCACAGCCUUACUCAACUCGAACUCUCCGCUCCUCGUCUAACCAAAGCCGAAUCAUUAUGCCAGUGAUAAUACGUCGUUGCCUGUUGCUGUCCCGCUGUUACGCGUUCGAUAUCAAAGGGAAAGAAUGUUUCCACUUGAAGACAUUUGACUUACAUAUUAUUAGUGCAAUUAUGGUGAAGUCAAUUUGAUAAUAAAAAUAAUCAAUUGAGAUGACACGCUAAAGUGGUGUAAUUGAAUAUAAGUUUGUUAACAAAUUCAACAAAAUAAGAGAAUUUACAAAAGUAUUAUUGUGAUUUGUUAUCUUUAUAUAUUUUCCCAAGGAUAAAUACUCUAAAAUUCUUGAUAUUUUUUUCUUGCAAUUGAUUACUUGCAUACUUUUUAAGGUUUAUAUUAGAUCAAUAGUCUUACCUGAAAGAGUAUGAUAAUUGACAACAAUUAACAACUUGACAACAAUAGGAUGCAACGAGGUCAGUUGAGAGAUAUUUCCUCCUGGAUGACUCGUCUGUUUCCUGAACCCAGCGAGAGAAUGGAGGCUUUUAAAAUGUUUGGAUCAAAAACAAGCUGUCCUACCAGUACAUUUUAUACAGAUUUAGAGAUAACCGAAAGCAAAGAUGUAGUUACAGAAGAAUACGAAGAAGAACAAUGUUCUAAAACUUCACGAUCAUUGAAGCAACAGAGUGGAACUAACGAAGAUGGAAACUCUCAAGAUUUGGAUAUACAAACUAAUACGGAAGAUCAUCAAUAUUCAAGACAUUCCUUUCAUAGAAUUGCAAGUUUUGGAGGUUUUCCAAGGUUUCAACCAUUCGUUAUGUCAGCCUCUUCUCCAGCAGCAUGCAUUGAUAUCGGUAGAAAUGAAGAGACAUCCAAAGAAACUUCCUAUGUUGCAAUGUCCCACAGUGUUUUAGAAUAUAGAAGUAGCAGGUAUGCGGCAUCUGAAAGAAAUUCUCAUCAAUAUACAUUAGAUCCAUACGCUAUCAGUGAAUCUGAAAGCGAAGAAGAAUCAGAGGAGACUAGAUCUUCUGAAACAGAAUCUAUUAUAGCUGUGGAUCAGACAGAUGAAUCUACAUCCGAGCCAAAAUUACGCGUACAAAGAGGUUCUCCUGAUUCAAAAAGGAAAAAAGCACGUCGUGUAGCAGAAGAGUUAUUAGCAACUGAAAAGAAAUAUGUUAACAUAUUACACCUCAUUGAUCAAGUAUUUCAAUUCAGAGUUGAUCAAGAAAAUAGAGCACAUCCCAUGUUUCCACCUGAAACAGUUCAACACAUGUUUUCAAAUAUCAAAUCUAUUUACAAAUUUCACAAUGACUUUUUAUUACCUCAAUUGGAAGAAAGAAUGCAAUGCUGGGAUUCUAACCCUAGAAUUGGAGAUAUCAUGAAAAAUUUUGCACCUUUUUUAAAAAUGUACACAGAGUAUGUAAAAAAUUUUGAUUACGCAAUGAAUCUGAUAAAUACAUUGCAAAGCAAAGUCGCAAGAUUUGCAGCAAUAAUUAAUGAUAUACAAAAAUUGGAUGAAUGCGCUAAAUUGUCACUGCCACAUCACAUGUUAAGUCCAAUACAAAGAUUACCAAGAUACGAAUUACUCCUUAAAGAUUAUUUAAAAAAUCUCACUGAAGAAAAUUCAGAUUAUGAAGACACAAAAAAAGCUUUAGAAUUAGUAUCUACUGCUGCUAAUCAUACAAACGAAGCAAUGAAAAAAAUAGAUAAAUUUAAGAAACUUUUGGAAAUACAAGAAAGUAUAUAUGACGCGACCGAUCUAGUCAGUGCAACACGCGAACUUAUUAAAGAAGGUCGUAUCGUCAAAAUUUCAGCGAGAAGUGGUGAUCAUCAGGAUAGACAUUUGUUUUUGUUUAGUGAUCUAUUGUUAUUGUGUUCAUUAAGACUGAUACCUGGUCCUCCAUAUCGUUUACGAGCCAAAUUUUUAGUCGAAGAUUUACAAGUAGUUGAAGGUGAUAAUUUAGAAACUGCAAAUACUUUUUAUAUUAGAGAUGAAAAUAAAAGCGUGGAGUUGUAUACACAUUCAGCGGCAGAGAAAGCUUCGUGGUUAGACGCAUUAUUUCAAACUAUGCAGGAAAUAAUGAGAAGAAAAGCUAGUUUGAAAACUGGUAAUGCUAAAACAUCUUUAGUUAAAGCUGACGAUGUGACUAGAUGUAUGGUUUGCGAAGUAAUUUUUUCAGUCAUGAAAAGGAAACACAAUUGUAGAGCAUGUGGAAUUGUUGUUUGUAGUAAAUGUUCAAAUCAAAAGUUAUUAUUUGAAGACAAUAAGAAUAUGAGAGUAUGUAGACUAUGUCACGCUGCUCUAACUCAACCUCUUAGCAAAUCUCCGUCGUCUCCGUCAGGACCAGUGCCAAGCUUGUUGCAAGUUUCAGCAAGUGCAUCAUCAGUAUUGUCUGGUUAUCUUUUAUUAAAAACCCAAGCAAGCAAACCUUGGACCAGACGAUGGUUUGCGUUGCAUAUCGACUUUGUUUUAUAUUCUUUUAAAUCAGAAACAGAGAGUAUGGCCAUGACAGCAACACCUAUGCCAGGUUUUAUGGUAACGGACGGUGCAAUGUUAACAGACGAGGAUCCUUUAAGUAGCAAGGAUCGUAUAAGAGCAUUUAAAAUGCAUCACUCUAGGAAAUAUUAUUAUCUGCAAGCUUCUUCCGAAAACGACAAAGAAAAAUGGAUGCAUGCAUUGCAAUUAGCUACAAAAGCUGAACUACCUCAUUUAACUGAGAUUGAACAGGACGAACACGCACAAGAAUGUCAAUCGUUAAACGAUAUACAAUGAAAAUUUAUAUCUUUGCAUCUACAAACUAGCCAAUUUUGUACUAUCCUUUUCGUAAAUUAGGUAAUAGGAAUCUGUAAAAUAAUCGUUAGUUAGCUAUAUUUAAAAAAGAAAAAAGAAAAAAAAAUAA